UCCGGGGUAGCGUCUGUCAGGUAGCCACGUAUGACGGUGCUGUCUCGACAAAAUCCGUACUUUAUGGAUAAUCUUACAAACUCUAAUGUUUCAGGUUAAAAUAUGGACUCUGGGUUUGAUUUAAUAACAGUGAAUCCCUUCCAGCUAGUAAUUUUGCAAGAAAGCAGCGGUGUCUUCACGGAAGAGCUUGUCUGACAAACAAACAGCAGGGCAAAACAGCCUUACAACUCUCGUGAAAGCCAACUGUGUCCGGUGACAAAAUAAACAGCCCGCUACCUACAACGAAUUAACCGAGAAGGUUGGGCGCAUUCUCACCCGGAGGAAGACUCGCCGCGGUUUUACCUGAACUACAGACUUCCUUCUUGACUAACACCACCUCCACAAUGACUGCCGCUGUGAGAAAUUCAGCCAGUGUUCCUGUCAGGGGUGCUGGCGAUGGCAUGGAAACUGAAAAACCAGCAACCACCCUAGAGGUUAACACGGAAGCAUUGCCACCAGGUCCAUCUGAGAUUCCCCUCCUGAAGAUAGCUAGCCCAAAGCACAGCCCGAAAUCUGUCCAUUCUGCACCCCCUGUGGCCCCCCAGCCUCUCGGGGUGCUCCACCUGGGCAAGGUGAGUCGAGAGGCCUGUACAGAGGUGGAGGCUGUCAGGAUUGUCGUCCCUCGUGCUGCAAUUAGCCGGAGCAGCCGUACAGGACCUGUCGAGGGCAAAGGUGAGGCAGGGCAACAGGCUGAGGAACAGGGUUCCCCUCCGCUGCCUCUGGUGGAGGACUGGAGAGGACAGCUGGAGAAGCUGCAGAACUCUGAACGCAGGCUGCUGCAGGACAAAGAAGGCCUUUCCAAUCAGCUCCGUGUGCAGACAGAGGUAAACCGUGAGCUGAAGAAACUGUUGGUGGCCUCAGUGGGUGAUGACCUUCAGUACCACUUUGAGCGUCUGGCACGGGAGAAAAACCAGCUGAUUUUAGAAAACGAGGCUCUGGGCAGGAGUCUGGCACACACUGCAGAGCAGCUGGAGCGAAUGAGCAUCCAGUGCGAUGUUUGGAGGAGCAAGUUUCUGGCCAGCAGAGUUAUGGCAGAGGAACUGACAAAUGCUCGAGCAGCUCUGCAGAGACAGACAAGAGAGGCACAAGGAGCGAUUCAGGAUCUGCUGUUAGAGAGAGAAGAGUUCUCCAGGGACAUGAUGCUCACCCACAGAUCUCUGGAGCAGCUUCUGGUGUCUCUGCAGUGGGGCAGACUGCAGACGUACUACCCCAGCGCGCAACCCCUCAGCACAGGAGAGAUGGCUGCAGCAAAUCACAAGCUAGCAGACGCCAUCAACUCCCACUUGCUGGGCAAGGGUGGUGGCGGCGGCGGCAGCAGCGCGGUAAAAAGCAGCAGCGCGGUGAAAAGCAGCAGCACAGCAGCCGAACACCUCUGCAGCACACCAGCCGAGAAGAUGGCUGAGAAGGUGCUGAAGAUUUUAGAUCCAAUAUCCUGCUCAGAAAACAAGGCAGAAGCUUCGCUUGGCGACGCCACAGCUUCAAACUUUCUCAACAGCAAGAAGAGCAUCGGCAGGUUCCACCCUUACACCCGCUAUGAGAACAUUACUUUUAGCUGCUGCGAACGCUGUACUGGAGACAUCCUGGUGCUGUAGUAGUCAAAGAGAAUCAAAACGUCCUCUUCUGACACAAAUGCAGCAUUGAGGCUUAUUUUAAAUAACUGACUGUACUCUGGGUGAUGUUAAUGCUCUGUGUUUAGUGAUUUUUUCAUCGAACGGCAGGCAAAAGUUAGCUGCUCACAUCAACUUGCUGUUUGUUGUUCUGUAUUCAGACUUGAAAAAAAGAUAAGUGAGAAAAUGGACUUGAUGUUGAGGAAGCAUGAUGAGACAAUAAUGAAAGCAGAAUGCUUUUGAGAGCCAUUGCAGCACGGUUUAAACCACGGAAAGUAUCAGUGGAGUGAGAUAUCAGGGUCAAUCAGUGUUACCAGAUGAAUAGACACUGUUAUGGGGUCUGCUUAGUCAAACUUGAACUUUUGCUUGUGUGUAUUUAGUUGUAUUUGCACAUGCCGAUAUUCAUAAUUUACUGAGCAAACAAGCUGUAAUGAAAUGUGUGAGACACAAAAUAGCCUCCAGUAAGUUAAACAAAAGAUAAUGGCACUGUGACAGUACACAAAAUUAAGUCAGGAUGCCUCCCCAAUUUCUCUGUGUGAUGGUUCUAUUGUGUUUUAAAAACAUUUUGACUAUAUUUUAUGAAUAUAUUUUGUAUAUUACAUACUGUAAAUGCAUAAUAUAUGUUCAGUAUUUUAAAGGUGGACUGAUGGUAUAACAGAUUAUUACUGUGCAGUGGUGUUACUGAUUUGUUUUUACUGAAUCAUGUCAUUUGGGUAAUUAUUUUAUUUUAUUUUAUUUGCAAUUCAUUAUUUAAAAGAAAAACCUUAAGGACAAUGCUAUACUUCGUUUUCAAGCUUUUGGUUUAUAUCAGGAACUAUCUGAAAAAGUUUGCUCUGUGCAGUAAUUGCAAUGGUGUCAUUAACAGUGAAAGCACACCAUAAAAAUAUUUAUGCAUCAUUUGUUUCAGUGUAAAAUAAAGACCAAAGUAGUUUCUACUUUUUUAAAA